AUGAUGCGCAGAAAACAAAUAAAAUCUCCUUCGUCCUCGGAAUCGUCUUAUUACCCCUCUUCGCUUAGCAGUUCAUUCUCAGGGCUCUCCUCUCCUUCACCUCGUUUGUCACCGAGGGACCAUCUUGAAACUUUGAUUCUGAGGCACGGUUACCCCACUCCGGUCUCCCUGUCCUCCUUGCGGGACUUGACCUCCACCUCGUCAACUUAUAAUCCCCCAUCCCCACGCUACUACCGUUCCGAUUCUCCUCCCACCGAAGCGUUUGAAUCUCUUGCUCUCUCCUCCUCUACUCGUCCAAUUCCCAUCCCCAGACGAGCAAUUCGAGUCUACGACGACGAUCUGCCUGUCACACCGCUCACGGGCCGCUUCGAUCACGACGAUUAUUUGGACGAUUGGGAACGUGCCUCCUUGUCCGCCAAAUCCCGGCACAUUUUGCCCCCACGACCAUCCGGCCGCCGCGGCCGAUACUCAAGCAUGCGUUCUGAUACAUCUCCCUUCUACUCGCCGGUUGCUUCGCCCACUAUGUCGCCUAGACGGCCCAGUUCACCCCAACCUUCACGCUCCUCGCGUGCCCAACCUUCAGCCAAGGCCAUGCCGGGCUUCCAUCUCGGAACUUUGCCCCGCUUCCACCCCGCGGUCUAUCAGCCUGGUCCUACCUCUCACACUGUGACGGGCCAACCGCCCUCGCCUCGCCAAUCCCGCCAAUCCCAUGGAUACCGCACCACUUCGGGAUCGAGGGAGAUGAAACUUCAGUACCGUGAUCUCUUGGAUGGUACAAGCCAGGGACCGUCCGCGCCGCGCCUGGACCCACUUCUCAGUCCCGGCCCGGUCACUCCCCUUGUCCUCGAAGCAGGCGAUUACCUCGCCGCCGGAUCUCUCGGCAAUGAUCUUGCCAUGCGGGAAGCCACUUCCCAGCAUGUCGGACCCCCUCCAGAGCUGGUGGAGAAGCUGAUUGCCCGAGAAAAAGAAAAGGCUCGCCAGAAGAGCCGCAAAUCUCCCAAGGGCCGAUGA